UGACCGGAAGUCGGGGUUUUUUGUUCCGUUUAGCUUAACACUGACUUACCUGUGUAGUUUAUAGUUACGGAUCAACUACUGUAUGGAUUCAUUUAGCUCUGAGUUAACGUGAUUUUGCUGCAUUAACACGCCACUAAUAUGAAAAAGAAAACACCUGCGAUAUCGUUUCCAGAUUCGGGUUUCUUGUAGCUUGUUACCUCGCUGCAUAACACGCUGAAAGGAAUGAACGUGACAGCGGCUACCUGCUAAGUUAGCUAGUAUCAACUUUGACUAAUAACGUUAACUCAGCGUACAGCUCUGUAUUUCUGUACAGACUAUUGACUAUCAGGUACCGACCAAUACAUUGGGAUAUCGCUGUUUUACUUUACCCAAAUAUUGAGGGUGAUCAUACCGAUCCAAUGAGGGUGUUAGUGACAGGAGGGUCUGGCUUGGUGGGUAAGGCCAUACAGCAUGUGGUCAAAGAGGAAGGGGGAGCCAAGGAGGGAGAAGAGUGGAUAUUCCUCUCGUCCAAAGAUGCUAACCUCAUGAACAUGGAGGAGACACGGGCAGUGUUUAAGAAACAUCGGCCCACCCAUGUGAUUCACCUGGCUGCUAUGGUUGGAGGACUUUUCAAGAACAUGAAGUACAACCUGGACUUCUGGAGAAACAAUCUCUACAUCAAUGAUAAUGUGCUGCAGGCAGCACAUGAAGUGGAUGUGAUCAAGGUGGUGUCAUGUCUAUCCACCUGCAUCUUUCCAGAUAAGACAACUUACCCUAUUGAUGAAACUAUGAUCCAUAAUGGUCCACCUCAUGAGUCGAACUUUGGCUACGCCUAUGCAAAGAGAAUGAUUGAUGUACAUAAUAGGGCAUAUUUCCAGCAGUAUGGUCGCUGCCAUACAGCUGUGAUUCCCACUAAUGUGUUUGGUCCUAAUGACAACUUCAGCAUUGAGGAUGGUCAUGUUCUGCCAGGCCUCAUACACAAGGCGUACAUUGCUCAAAAGGAGGGGAAGCCCUUGGUGGUCUGGGGCUCUGGUGCUCCCAGAAGGCAGUUCAUUUACUCUCUGGACUUAGCUCGUCUCUUCCUGUGGGUGCUAAGGGAGUAUCCAGAGGUCGAUCCAAUCAUCCUCUCUGUUGGAGAGGAGGAUGAAGUGUCCAUUAAAGAAGCAGCAGAUGCAGUUGUCCAAGCGCUGGGGUUUAAAGGAGAAGUGGUGUAUGACACCAGUAAAGCAGACGGCCAGUUCAAAAAGACGGCCAGUAAUGCAAAACUGCGCCACUACCUGCCCGACUUCACCUUCACCCCCUUCAAACAAGCUUUAAAGGAAACCUGUGACUGGUUUGUUGCCAAUUACGACACUGCCCGUAAGUAAAAAUGACAAGUUGGCACAAUCUGUUCAUCCACGACUCGUUCUGAUGGAAGAGAAAGGGAUGGCAAAGAUGGAGACAAAACAAGUUGGUUCAUCAGCACAGCUAGAUGGUGGUUAACGGAUGAAGUCUGCUAAUUUGACUCUGCCCCUCCUGUCUUUGCAUUCAGUGAGCUGGACUGAGUAUCUCACCUGAGGUUCAUGUCUGCAACACCAGCCUGUAAUAUAUUGUGAAUGUUGUUGCAGACUUGUCUCUCUUUAGACAUAAUAAACAAAUCUAUUGUAAUUGUAGGUACUGUAUUCUACUACCUGUCACUUAGAAGUCUUAAAAGUUACGACCAACACCCUGCUUAUUUUUUGUAGUUUCUCCUAACUUGACCUACUUUUAAUCUUGGGAUGCUUUGUGAAUACGGUUCCUGGCCUUGAUUCACUUUAUGACCAGAACUAGAAGUCUAUGAAUUAGGUUAUUUUAUAUAUUGGGUUUUUAAUAUGAUUUUGGUGGUUUUUGACUGAAUUGUUCUGAAAUGUUGUAUUUUGCCUUGAAUGCGGUGGUGUGUGGGUGCUUAGGGCCUGCAAAUUGGAUUAAAUGAUGUAGUGUUUGGGAGAUCAGAGAGUUAAGUUUAAGCGGGUUGGAUCGUAGCUCUAAUUUGCUUCUUAGGCAGUUAAUGUGUUCAUGUCUGUGGGGUUUUAAGCACCCCCUCCGUUGAAAUAACCUAGUCUUUCAAUGAUGUAUGUCUCUACAGCAGCAUGUAGUUGAUUAAAGUAUUUUGUCUAUCGA